UGUGAUUACUCAUUACCUAUUUUCGUCCCGUUUUGAAAAUAGAUUUGAAAGUGCUUGCACAUUUUGGAGUCUUUGUGUUUGUUUACUGAUUCAGAAAAUUUCACUAACGUCGCACGAUAGCGGUUUUGUUUCCUAAACAGGAAAAUGGGGAAACCUAAGGGUAGGAAAGUGGCGCGGCACGGCGGAAACCCUAAUGCAUGGCGGGAACCCAAAGCUAGUUCACCCAGCCUGUCCAGUGUGACGACUGCCGAAGGAUUGCUGGAGAAGCUGCAAUCCUACAUGGAGUCUUGUGAGUUUGUCGUCGCAGAGAAAUUUGCAAAUCGUGCUCUGGAAAGAUUCCCAGCAAAUUCUCGUGUUCUGGAAGCAGCUGCUGAAUGUUUUACUGAAACCGGAAAUAUCACCAAAGCGCGAACUUGUUAUUUGAAGGCAAUUUCAGUUAGUCCACUAAAAGGAUGGAGGAAGUAUUUGGGCCUGGCGCAGUUGCUGGAGGGACAGAAUGCCGUUUUGCAGUACACUCGGGGCAUCGAAGUGAUGGAGAGGGAGCUGGCGGAAGUAGCCGGACCGGCCCAGGUAGAAACUCCAAAUGUUCCCUCUGCGUCUUCCAGUACAGAGAAAGACACAGCCGAAAUCCCUACAGCGCGAGAUAUAUCAAACGCUUAUUUAUCCAUAUCAGAACUGUACACAACGGAUUUAUGUGAUGAUGACAAUGCAGAGGAAAUGUGUAAGUACGCGUUGGACAAAGCUAUGAUGGCCGAUCCAAAAAAUCCAGAAGCCUUCCAACAAAUGGCCAAUUUCUUUCUUAUAAAGGGCGAUAAAGAGGCGGCUGCGCAGUAUGUAAAAGGAGGCCUGACUCUGUGGUACACCGAUCACCUGCCACCCGAGCAAAGAAUCUCACCUGAAAACCAGCAGAAAGUCGGUGUUGAUUACGAAGAGGGAUCUGGCAUGCCUGGUUUGGCACUACAAAUUGAUACAGCCAAAGCAUUAAUAGAAUGUGCGGAGUACGAUCUGGCUAACCGCUUAUUUACUGAGUUCAUAACGCAUUCUCCCACUGAUCCUGAGUUAUGGUAUUUAAAUGGAUUUUCAUAUUUUUUGCACGGAAACGAUUACUACCCACAAGCUCGUUCAGCUUUGACGAAAGCGAAAAAGUUUGCUACAACGCCUCAUGGAAUCUGUUAUGAUAUAAUUGCACAAUGCGACGAACAUCUCGAGUCGAUUGCAAAAGUGCUUCCACCGACGGAAGAUUCGGAUAACGAGGAGGAAGUUGUCCAAACAGAGGAUAGUGUCAAUCGUCCAGAGCAGUCUAACUGUGAAGAUUCGGACUGGGAAACCGAUGAAGAAGGUUGCGAAGACGUGGAAAUGUAGUAGUGGUAAAUUCGACAGUGUGAUUGUUGAUUUUAAGCGAAAUGAUGUCUAACAAAACUUGAUAUCUAUAGUUUGGUAAUAUAACUUUUACGGGUAAGUUGUGAAAAACACUCGCGUGGCGCGGCUCGUAGCCGCAUUGCGAAGAAAAUGGACGGUUUGAUUACAUAAUUAAAAUCGAAAAAAAAUUUUGU